CAAGUAGACUAGUAUCUUGUUGACGCGGGGAAUCCUGAUCCUGUCCAAAUUUGAAGUGUGUAGACUAGUGAACAUGUUUCUUCCUGAAUUCGAUAAAUGACGUCAAACUAGCUGUAUGAACUUGUUGAAGGUUACAAAAUAACCAGACAUGGCAGUGGCUGGGAAAGUGAAGGCGAUUGACCGGCGGUCAGUCCAUCAGAUCUGCUCCGGCCAAGUUGUCCUGAAUCUUGCCACAGCCAUCAAAGAACUUGUUGAGAAUAGUUUGGAUGCUGGAGCUACAAUCAUUGAAAUCAAAUUGAAGGACUAUGGCGGUGAGAGUCUGGAGGUAUCUGACAAUGCUUCAGGAGUACAGGAAUGCAACUUCUCAGGACUCACUUUGAAGCACCACACAUCCAAACUUCAUGAUUUCUCAGACCUGAGCACUGUAGAUACGUUUGGUUUUAGAGGAGAGGCUCUCAGCUCACUCUGUGCACUGAGUGACCUGACUAUAGUGACAUGUCACCGGUCUGCUUCAGUGGGAACCAAGCUGGUGUAUGAUCAUGAUGGCAAGAUCCUCAAACAAGUACCUUGCCCUAGACAGCAAGGUACAACAGUUACACUUCAGAAUCUCUUCUCCACCCUUCCAGUCAGACACAAGGAAUUCCAGAGAAACUUGAAAAAGGAGUUCACCAAGAUGGUUCAAGUUUUACAAGCGUACUGCAUCAUUGCGUCAGGAGUCAAGUUAACAUGCACAAACCAAACAGACAAAGGGAAGAAAUCUUUGGUUGUAUCUACCAAUGGGACCUCAACGAUGAGAGAAAACGUUGCUAAUGUCUUUGGAUCCAAGCAGAUACAGAGUCUCUUGGAGUUUGACCAGUGCAGGCCAACCCCCGAAAUGUGCGAAGAGUAUGGCAUCAAACCUGAACGACUCGAGAAGAUCCCUUUCAGUGUAUCUGGUUUUGUGUCUAAGUGUGAUCAUGGUCAGGGCCGCAGUGCAGCAGAUAGACAGUACUACUUCAUCAAUAGGAGACCAUGUGACUUUCCUAAGGUUAGCAAGCUGAUCAAUGAAGUCUUCCACAUGUACAACAGACAUCAGUUCCCAUUUGUUGUUAUGGAUAUCUCACUUGCUAAAGAUGCGGUGGAUGUGAACGUCACACCCGAUAAGAGGAAAGUACUGGUGCAGGAGGAGAAAACACUUCUAGCUAUCCUCAAGGCAUCUCUGAAAGCCAUGUUCGAGCCACGGUCCUCCUGUUACGAUGUCAACCAAAAGCCCCUGUCAGCGGUCACUCCGUCCAGUUUGGCCUUGUCCAAUAUGUUCAGCCGCAGUCCAAGCAGCAGCCAGGGCAGUAGUCAAACUAGCACCGGUAGUCCAAGCACUGGUCAAGUCAGUAGUCCGGCCAGUAGUCUGGGCUGUAGCCAGUUCAGUAGCAGUCAAGGCAGUCCAUGUUUCAGGCCGAGCAGUCAGAGGGAGGGCAAAAGAGCUGGGACUCUCAACUUGGGCAACCUCAAAAGAUCAUUUGCCCAUGCAAGUCACCAGGACGAUGGGGAGGAAGAGAGGCAACCAAAACAGCCCAAACUGGAUGCCUUCUUUCAAAGUUCCCAAGAAUUGACCAAUAGGUCAGAUUCUGUGGACAGAAUUCCUUCGACCUUUGAUGAGAGGGAGUCUUCAGAGACUUUCAGUGACACUGUACCUUCCUGUACAAUUUCAUUUGAAAACUGCAGAACUGAACCUGAAGGUAUCGCAAAUGGCAAAAGUCCUAUCAUUUCUCUCCAACAUAGUAUACCUCCCUCACGUGUUGAAACUGAGGAAGUAGGAAUCUCGCCAUUAAGAAACAAAUUACAUGACUCCUUAUGCACUGAUGAAGGGAGCAAGACUGGGGAAUCGCAUAAAGUGGAGGACUGUUUGUCUCCAGGAGUGGCCCUGUUAAGGUCAGACGGUGAGAGCGGUUUCUGUGAAUCUUCAACCGGUGGCAGCAGUGGGAUAAGGUCUAGUGAGGAGAGUCAGACCAACAGCAGUCAGGAACCCAGUCAAGAGACACAGGAACACAGAUUGCAUUGUACCUCUACAGACGUGGGAAGUGCGAUAGAGGAUGGAGAGACCCAUAGAAUACUCAUUCAUAGGAUGGAUGACAGCACUCCUUCAUCAUCUGAUUCCGGUCAGAGAAGAGAGGUCACUGUUCCCUUGUCCUUAGCUGGUCUCAGAAGGGCUCGAGAACAAAGAGAGACGCAAGAAAGAGAGGAAGGCAUUGCUGGUCGGACGUUCCGAGCCAAGAUUGCUCCUUCGGACAAUGCCUCGGCUGAAGAGGAGCUUAGUAGAGAAAUCAGCAAGGAUAUGUUUUCCAAAAUGGAGAUUCUUGGUCAGUUCAAUCUUGGAUUCAUCAUUGCCAAGCUAGGACAAGAUCUAUUCAUCAUUGAUCAGCAUGCCACUGAUGAAAAGUACAAUUUUGAGACUUUGCAGAAACACACAGUACUACAAGGACAAAGACUUAUUCAACCAUUACCUUUAGAGCUGACUGCUGUGAAUGAGUCCAUCUUGAUGGAUGAUGUGGAGAUCUUCAAGAAGAAUGGAUUUGAUUUCAUCAUUGAUGAGGAUGGUCGUCCUACGGAGAGGGUCAAGCUAGUGUCGCAGCCCUUUAGUAAGAACUGGACGUUCGGCAAGGAUGAUAUCGAUGAACUCAUAUUCAUGCUCAGUGAUGCACCUGGUGUUCACUGCAGACCCACCAAGGUACGUCAGAUGUUUGCUUCCAGGUCGUGUCGGAAGUCCAUCAUGAUUGGCACCGCCCUCAACAAAGCAGAGAUGAAGAAGCUGGUUUGUCACAUGGGUGAAUUGGAACAGCCUUGGAACUGCCCCCAUGGUCGCCCUACCAUGCGUCAUCUCUUCAACCUCAACAUGAUGCCAGAUUGACAGGACAUCAAUCAGGCUGGGCGGGACUAAGCUACAAGCUACGGAACUGCUUUGCCUGGAAUAUUAAUUGCAGCUGUGUAUAUAAAGCUAGUUCGUAAAUACUAUCUGCGCAUGGGCAGAUAUACAUGUAGGUCAUUCGUUCCCAAAUUG